AUGGCUUGGUUGUUUAGAGGAUUUAGUAGAUACAUUAAUCCUUACCAAAAACACGAUUCCGCAUCAUGCAUGAAUACUUAUAGCAAAUUAAAAGAUGACAUUUAUCAAAGAAUUGAUCGUUUUAAUAAUGAUAUGCAUACAAAUAUUUACAAUGAAUGGCAUGAAUUAUAUAAAUAUAUAAAUGCAAAAAAUGCUUCAAUAAAACAUUGUGUUGAUGACAGAUAUAUAAACAGUGAUUUUAGUAAAGAUGAUAAAAUAAACAAUUUCAAAAGUAUAUGUGAUAAUAAACGUAUUUGUCGGAUUAAUAAAAAUCCCCCAUUAAAAAAAACUGGUACAGUUGAACCCUGUAGAAAAGGUAAAAAUUGUAAGACAGUUACUGCAGAAACAACAGGAAAAGGCAAAUUAAGACCAGAGUUGGAAGGAGAACCCUCAAAAGCAACUCGUUUACAAGGGCCAAAAGCACAAGAAACAAGUCGAGAGCAUGCUGGUAGAGAAGAAUCUAAUAGACAAAGCGAAGUUUUACCUGCUCAAUUAGAUGCAAAGUUUCUCCCUAAUUCUAUUAAAAGCGAAGAUAAUGAACCAGAAUCUGUAGGUAAUAAACAUUCUAGCACAUCUGUACUAGGAAGUACUUCCACACAAGCUUUGGCUGACAUAGGGGAUACACCAACUACAGAAUUAAAUCUGCAAGCAGAAGAUUCUCCAUCACAAAGCAGUUCUCCUGGGGAAUCUAUUGCAGGGGGUACAUUACGAGUAAGUUAUUCAGAUAGAAGUCUUCCUCAAAGUAAUUUAUCUGAUGAUCAAACUUUAGAUGCUAAUCACAGUAAUAUGCAAACACAUCAAGGUGGAGGUGCUGAAAGCCAGGAUCAUAACCAUAAAAACCUUGAUACAGAACUUGCUGAUAGAGUAUCUCUGCUUGGAAAUGAUUUUGCUUCUGAAAAACUUGGCGAAAAGCGUUCUGUUGAUAAAGAUAAUAGUAGACCAGGCAAUAAUAAUGUAGCACAUGUCCUCGAAGCGGAUAGACCUUUAGAUACUGAGAACGAAGGCGUUGUUAGUGCACCAACCGAAGUUGUAUCUUCUGGAGAUACAAGUCCUAUUCGUGAAACUUAUGGUGAUAAAGAUGUUCGUGGUGCCACCAAUGGUAUAGAAAUUAAAAAUGAUCAAGAACGUCGUAAUGAAGAUAUAUGUAAUGGAACUUCUUGUAUUACAGAACAAGUUGGUGGAUUAACUCAUGAUAAAUUAGAUAUACUUGCUCAAAUUUCCAAUGCAAUACAAAGUAACCCAAAAAUCAUAAAAACUUCAAUGCCCAUAGGAAUUGCUCUGUUAUUGGGCCUUCUUUUUAAAUACACUCCUUUGUGGAGGGUUCUUACUAAAAAGAAUAGGAAGAAAGGAGCAGGUAUCAAUGAAGAAUUGAAUAGUGUACUGCAAGAACCUUCAAUUAUGGAUGAAGAAAGAAGUAUCCCAUUUUCAUAUAGUGCUUUUGAAUAUUCAUCAUUUGAUCAAAAUUCAUAUUAA